AUGGGAGUUGGCGGCCAUGUCUCUAUCUCGACAAUCUUCGUCUUCGUCUUCUUCUCCAUCCUUCUUUCUUCUUCGGAAGCAGCAAUUAAGCCUGACGGAAACGACUUCCAUGUGGGAUUCUACCGCAAAACUUGCCACCGAGCCGAGGAAAUUGUGGCUGAUGUUGUUUUAAGGGCAAUGAGUAGAGAUCCAGGCAUUGCUGCUGGCCUCAUCCGCCUCCUUUUCCACGAUUGCUUUGUCAACGGAUGCGAUGCCUCAAUUCUGUUGGACUCAACACUGUCUGGGGCACCUGUAGAAAAGGAAUCACCAGCAAAUGGUGGCACCCUUCGUGGGCUUGAAGUAAUUGACGAGAUCAAGGCUCAGGUCGAGCAGGAAUGCCCUGGAGUUGUAUCUUGUGCUGAUAUACUGGCAUUUGCAAGCCGGGAUGCCGCUCUGCUGUCUGGUCUAUCCAACCAUCGUGUCCCAGCUGGCCGCCGCGAUGGUCUCUCUUCCCGGGCGGCUGAUGCACUCGGCAAUCUCCCUAGUCCAUCAUCAUCUAUCAAAGAAAUUGCAGGAGUCUUCGCCACAAAAGGAUUGAGCCUGGAAGAGAUGGUUAUCCUCACAGGUGCACAUUCGAUCGGUGUUUCCCACUGCAGCUCCUUUGAUUAUAGACUAUAUAAUUUCAGCUCAACUCAAAGGAAAGACCCUGAUCUGGACAUGCUCCAUGCUAGUUAUUUGUCAGCAAAUUGCCCACGUCCAGAGUCAUUGCUUGGAAAAGUGAAGGGUAAUCGUGCAGUGAACUUUGAUAAUUUAUCACCACACAGGCUGGACAAUGCAUUCUAUGUACAUCUAUUGCAGGGAAAGGCACUGCUUCAAUCAGAUCAGGCAAUGGCUAAUGAUCCCAAGACCAGUCGGAUUGUGCAAAGGAUGGCAUUUCAUCCAAUAUCAUGGUCAAGGCAGUUUGCUAAGGCCAUGAUUCGGCUGGGGAGUGUGGAUGUGCUCACUGGAACAGAAGGGGAGAUAAGGAAAAACUGUCGGUCUGUUAACUAG